GGUUGACAUCCUGUGCUCUGGGGUUGAUUAUUUCAGCCUGGAUGCUGUUACUUUCACUUGCCUUGCUGGUAAGUUUCUACAAUCCGGAAACCGAGUCUACAGGAACUGAAUGUAGGAUCCAGUGCACGUCGUGCACCUGCAGACCACAGGGAGCAGGGAGCCAUUUGGGAUUUGACCCAGGUCCCACUAGUCAGUGAAACCAUGGCAUUAAACUUGGACAUCAUGAAGUCCUCAGACCUCAUCAAGAGGCAGCGCCUGGAUUAUGGCGGGUUCGGGGAGGUGUUUCUGUGCUACCACAAAACGCUGGGACAUGUGGUACAGAAGACUGUGUACACAGGACCACCUCGUAAUGAGCAGAAGACGUCUCUGCUGGAGGAAGGCAGUCUGAUGAGCAAGUUGAAACACGAGCGCGUGGUUAAGCUCCUGGGGGUCAUACUGGAGGACAGAGACUACUCGCUGGUCAUGGAGCUCAUUCCUAAAGGCAACCUACUUGCCAUGCUGAAGAAAGUGAGUGUUCCAGUAUCCAUUAAAGGAAGGAUCGUUCUGGAAAUCCUAGAGGGAAUGGUUUAUCUAACAGGCAGCCAAGUGGUUCACAAGGAUCUGAAACCGGAAAACAUCCUGGUGGAUGAAAAUUUCCAUAUAAAGAUUGCGGACCUCGGACUGGCCACGUGUCAGACGUGGAGUCGGCUGACGAAGGAGGAGUUGCGCAGACAGAGUCAGGGAGGCAGGAAGUCGUGUGUGGUGGCGGCCGGGACAUUGUGCUACAUGGCUCCUGAACACCUGGAAAGCAUCAACACUCGCUCCACUGAAAAAUCGGACGUUUACAGCUUCGGCAUAGUGGUGUGGGUUAUUCUGACCAGCCAGGAGCCUUAUGAGAAUGCUAUUAGUCAAGACCAGAUCUACCAGUGUGUGCGUAAGGGAGACCGUCCAGAUGAGGCCCUUAUUCCACACGAUACGCCAAAAGAGUUCCUCACUCUGAUGAAAAGAUGCUGGAACCAUGACCCUCAGAAACGACCCCGCUUUCAAGAAAGCUAUGACUCAUUUUUGCCUUUCUAUAAGCACAGCCUGGAAGGAGAUGUUGAGCAGGAUUUGCAGGGCCUUAAGGAGUUGUAUGAAGGUCCGCCUGACCUGCUGGAAACGUUAAACACACUGUUCGGGACAGAGCCGGGAGUUACUCCUGCAGUACUAGAAGCUCCAUCCUUCCUGCAGCGCUCCGGGGACUCACCCACGCCUCUGAGGAGUUCAGACCUGGGGCCGGUGGAAGCCAGCUUGGAGGACCUCAGUUUAAUGACCUUAGGUGUCCUUCAAGCAGACGCUAUCCCUGACCACCCUUUGGCCCCUCCUAACCUGGAGCAGAAACUGGACCAGGAGUUAAACUACCACAAACAUGGCAGCUACACCCCCGAGCAGCAGCAGCCCAACCUUCUCUUCCAGCUUAACUCUCAUCCACCCGUGCAGACUGUGCCUAGUUGGGGUGGAGAUAUUCCUCAGCAGGUGUCCUCAGUGCAGUCUUGGUCCAAACCUGCCCUUUAUCAGAGUCCUUACGAAACUUCGUUCAGGCCAGAUUACGACAGCCAGAUGUCAGUGCCGGCUUCGCAGGGUGGACCGUCCCAACAGCUCAAACGCUUGCCUUCAUGUCCUUCUGACUUCUCUGUACCGACAGAACCAGGUCGGUCGCUGUACAUCAGUCAAGCCAGUGGGAUUCAGAUCGGGAACAACAACACCAUGCAUUUCAGAGACACCUCGUCUCUGAGCUCUCAGUCCAGCACGUCGUCCUCCAUGACAAAGUACGCAGAGCUACUGUUGAAGUAUGAGGACCACAGCGCCACUGAUGAACAUCUGGAACUGGUCCGAAAGAACGUAGGCGCAAAAUGGAAAGCCUGCGCCAGAAAGCUGGGCCUCACCGAGGUGGAGAUUGAUGCCAUCGAGCACGAUUACGGGCGCGACGGCCUGGCUGAGAAGGUCCACCAGAUGUUGGAGCGCUGGAAGAUGAAGGAAGGUCUUCAAGGCUGUACGGUGGGAAAACUGUGUCGCGCCCUGGAGCAGUCCGUUAAAGCAGAUGUGCUUCUCCAACUACUGUACAAGUCUCAAGAGUACACUGCUCUUCCGAAUCCCAGUCCUCUGAGUCUGAUCUAACAAUUACUCCAAAUCCAAGUGAAGGUCUGGUUAUAUAGAUUUAGGCACUGCUUAAAAGCGGAGCGCCCAUCUGUUUCUGGGUUGUAGAAUUUUCUUAGAUCAUAGCCAGCCUCUUUUGUUUUAUUUCUUUACUGGCUAACACUGGCCACGAGGCGGUGUGUCUCAUUAUCUCUAGCCGCUUUAUCCUGUUCUACAGGGUCGCAGGCAAGCUGGAGCCUAUCCCAGCUGACUACGGGCGAAAGGCGGGGUACA